AGACGAGGAGGAUUUCACUGAAAUUUCUAUCAAUCUGUGUAAUGGCUGCUCAAUCUUUGUCCUUACUGAAAUGGGUAUUCCAUCAUCAUCAUCAUUAUCCAACUAUUACAUCAUCUAUGGCUUCUUCUUCUUCUUCAAAUUCAAAGAGAAUGUUUUCUUACUUGGUGCUUCAUUCACAGACACAAUUUCAACAUUGUGAACCUCCCAUUCCUAGGUUAAUAAGAAUAGGAGGAGGAGGAGGAGGAUCAAUACUGUAUUCAAGUAAUCAUAAUCGUAUUUCUUCUCAGCAGCAAAAACGAUUGCAAAUCAAAGUUUAUUCUUCAAGUGGUAACAACAGUGAUGGCAACACAGAUUUUCUUGAAUUAUCUGAUGAACAACUUAUGAAUCAGUGUGAAAUGGAUACUUUUAAAUCUUCUGGUCCUGGAGGACAACAUCGUAAUAAGCGUGAAUCUGCUGUUAGACUCAAACAUCUACCUACUGGCAUCAUUGCCCAGGCUGCUGAGGAUCGUUCUCAACAUAAGAAUCGUGCAUCAGCGUUGUCUCGUCUCCGCACGCUUUUAGCUCUUAAAGUCAGGAACACGUUAGACCUUGAGGAUUAUAAACCUCCUCCAGAACUUCUUCAGAUUCUUCCAAAGAAGUCGUCGAUUAGAGGUUCAGAUACAGGUCCUCAAAUCGGGCAUAACAAUCCAAAGUUUGCUUCGGGAAUGCGGGCUUUGUUGGAUGUAAUAUAUGCUGUUGAUGGUUCUGUAGCAGAUGCAGCCAAGUUACUGGGGCUAACUACCGGAGGUCUAUCUCGGCUGAUAUUAUCAGAUGAUUCUCUCAGACUAGCUGUUAAUGAGUUCAGGGCAACUAAGGGUAUGAAGCCUCUUAAAUAAGAUAGAUACAUGACUGUUGCAAUGACGUCUAUGUCAGUCAAUCCAGUCGAGUGCAGGGUUUCAAUGAGAAAAUUGCAUUUUACUGUGGUGCCAUAAAAGCUGUGAACAGUGAAUGAAAUUGAAAGAUAUGCUUUUGUUCCAUCUUUGUAUUGUUUGGCACACUAAUUGAAAGUACAAACCCUGUACUUUUUUGUAAAGAGCCCCUUAUGUGGGACAAUUCAUUCUCAUGAUACCAGUUCAAAGACGAACUAUGAUUAUAACCGAUGAUCCGGGUUCAUGACUAAAUGUAAUACAAAAACAAAUUAUAGGUUCA